GCACGUUUCUCAACGCACAUGUUCUGCACUGGAUCUGCAUCGUAUCAACUCGUAGUGAGUUGACGCAUUUCUGUGCUCAUGGGGCCGUCUCGGUACUUCAUAACGACACCAAUAUUUUACGUCAAUUCAGGGCCUCAUCUUGGUCACCAUCACACAGUCGUCUUGGCAGACGCGCUUCACAGGCUUCACAGGUUGAUCAAUCCUAAACAAGAAACGAUAUUCUCGACUGGCACCGACGAACACGGUUUAAAGAUUCAGCAGGCGGCAUCAAGGGCAAAGCAAGAUGUACUGACGUUCUGCAAUGGAGUCUCGAAGCAGUUCAAGGAUCUGUUCGACAAUACAGGCAUCACUUACACAGACUAUGUUCGUACAACGGAGGAUCGACAUAAGAAAUGUGUCAGACACUUUUGGAAAACGCUGCAGGAUAAGGGGUGGAUAUACACAGGAAUAUACAAAGGAUGGUAUUCAACGCAAGAUGAACUCUUUCUUUCGGAAGCGGAGGUGACAGAAGUAAAACUUGCCGAUGGCACUUUACAGAAGGUCAGCGUUGAAUCUGGGCAUCCAGUGGAAUGGAUGGAAGAGAAAAACUAUUUGUUCCGAUUGUCCCAUUUCCAAGAAGACCUGCUUCACUGGUUGAAGUCUUCAGAAGGUAUAGUGAAACCUGCAAAGUUUCAGAAGCUUCUCAUGCAUUGGAUUGAUGGUGGCCUUCAAGACCUUUCCGUAUCCAGAAAGAGCACACGAGUUCAUUGGGGCAUCCAUGUGCCUGAGGACAGUUCACAAACUAUUUACGUGUGGCUGGACGCACUAGUCAACUACCUCACAGUUAGUGGUUAUCCAGACAAAAACCACGUGUGGCCUCCCGACUGUCAAGUCAUAGGAAAAGAUAUUCUCAAAUUUCAUGGCAUCUAUUGGCCUGCAUUUUUGAUGGCAGCUGGGUUAGAGCCUCCUCGCAGCAUCUUGUGUCAUUCGCACUGGACUGUGAACGAUGAGAAGAUGUCCAAAAGCAAAGGGAACAUUGUCUGUCCUUACAAGAAAGUCGACAAGUACACGGCCGAUGGAAUCCGCUACUUCUUGCUCAAGGAGGGCGUACCUCAUUCUGAUGGCAAUUUUAACAACACAAAGGUACAGCGGCUGCUGAACGCUGAGCUGGCCGACACUUUGGGGAACCUCCUCAGCAGAUGUACAGCACCAGUCGUGAACAAACAUCAGAUAUUCCCAUCGUACGAUGCGGAGUCUUUUGAAAACUAUACUGAUGGACAGAAAAUUCUCGAUCAGCUACAUGACCUCGCAGACAAAGUGAAGGACAGGUACCUGGUAGGAAACAUAUACCAGGGCAUCGACGAGGUGAUGGCCGUGCUACGGCAGACCAAUGCGCUCGUCCAGGAGGCUAAGCCCUGGGAGCUGGCUAAAAGUGAUUCUGGCGAGGCGCGGCUGAAUGCAGUUCUACACGUUGCUCUAGAGGUUCUUCGUGUGUCGGGCAUUGUGCUGCAACCGGUCAUCCCCACGUUGGCCACUAGGAUUCUGGACAAGUUGCAGGUGCCUACUGAAGAACGAUGUUGGGCAGAUGCCCAGUCACCGUCUCUUAACCCACGGCCACUGACUACUGACCGCACACACGUAUUUGCGAGACUCAAAGUCCAGUCGGCAGCAACGUAACGUAGUCAUGCCUAGGUUAUUUUCUUCGGGUCUUCUAAGGUCUGAUGCAGGCCUUUAGCUAAUGUACAGUAGUAAUAGCAAAACAAGUAAAAACUUCAUCUGUCUUUAUUUUACACAUGAAUGACUUGUGGAGCGGAGUGUGCCAUGUAACUACAUACAAAAAAACGCUGUGCCACUUCCGCAACAUCGUGCAGUCGCUGCUGUGUAAAGAACAAUGCACAGAAAUAAAAUUCACAUGAGUGUUGAA